CCACUGAGGUAUAUCUCGCCCUCCUACCCCUGGUCAUUUGGCAGGUCAACUCCUCCCACACCCCCUCCAGAUCUAGAAGUCUUUAUAAACCGCGGGCGUUGUGACCAGUUGGACACACACUCCUUCUAUACUCCUCUGUGUAGCCGUUCCACGGGACAGAAGCGCACCAAUAGUAGCUCGCCGCCGAUUUAAGCCAUAGCAUAGCAGAUAUCGCUGCGUUUACCGCAAAGGGAAUAUCGUUAUUCAGUCUAGUAUUCAAGGGAUACCAGCUACAGAAAUGAGUACCGCAUGUCUGAUCGUCAAACAGACGCCCUUCGUUGUUGCUCCGCUCGGGGUAGGGAUGGACACUCGUCCGCAGACAAAUGACAGUUAUGCUUCACAAUGGAGACCCUGGCUCGCAACAAAGAAGGAUAUGCAAAGGGAAUGCCAGAGAAGCAGACAGUCAUGUCCUUACUCCAGACCUACAGAUUCCACCCCCGCAGCUCCAGGUCUCUUCCCAUUCAAUGAGAAAUCCCAGUCUUUCCAGCACCCUGUCAGACUAUUUUGGCCCAAGUCCAAGUCGUUUGACUACCUGUACAGCGACGGAGAGGCUCUGCUGAGGAACUUCCCUGUCCAGGCCACCAUCAGCUUCUACGAGGAGUCAGACAGCGAGGAUGACGAGGAGGACGAGGAGUGGGAAGAAGAAAAGGACAGUGAGGAAAAGGAGUACCUCAAGCUUCAGUCCCACUACACCAGCUACAACUGAAGUCUAGAGGAGUUCCAAUUGGAACAGAUGGAACAUUAGAUGGGGUGUUCCGGAACAUCUCUUUUUGGUGCAACAGAAAAUUAUGUCUGCUGCCUUCCGCUCAGAGUCAACAGAUGGGCUGUGCCACUGGUGAGACACCUGGAAGAACCAAUAGAACUGGAACUGUCCUCAGAAUCAGAAUCCAUUCUUAUUCUAUGAAUGGAAUAACCACUGUCAGUCAGAGUCAUAGACUUGUCCUACAGGAGCACAGAACGAUCUAACAAACCCUUUAUGUCACAUAUUCAGUAGUACACAGCAUGCCGAGCACAGAGAAGUGAUUGUAAUGUCUUAUGUAUUCUAGAUUGUUUAUCUUACCUCCAUGAAAGCCAAGAAGCAUAAGUUAAAUGUGAAUUGUGGAGCCUGUUUCAACUGGUAUCUUGUAUUGCUACUAUGUUGGCAUAGGCUCUGUCAAGCUAAGACUUAAAUGUAUUUCUGUAGCAAUACAUACUAAUGGAAAGUUGUACAGUAACAGUAAUGUAUACAAUCUUGCUCUAGUACCAUCUAUGAGUCUUCCUUGGGGGGCAGUGGAAUGUCUGUUGGGGAUUGUAUAACUGCAUACAUUAAAUCCCACAUUGGGAUCAUUUAUCACAGGGUCUGAACCUUGUUUGUGUAUAAAAAAUAAUCUAUAUGCGUUUUAUUUACAUAUCUAACUUAUGAUGUACAAUUGUAUAUAGAUACAUACAGUAUAUGUUUAUAUAUUUCCUAUUUUGCAACUUUUUUGUAUAUUGUCGGUCGAAACACUGUCUAAACAACAGCUGUUAAAAUAAAAACCUAUU